AAGGUCAACACGCACAACAUCACCGAGCUCAAAAACGCCCUCGACGACCACGUCAAGGACCUCCUCUCGCGCCCCUCAGCUGCCGGCACCACGUCGCGCCCCCCGUUCACGCGCUCGUACCGCCACGACGACGUGCGCCUCGCUCUUGGUUGGUCGAGCGUCGCAGUCGCCGCCGCGACGGGCUACUACGGGUACCGCACCCCGUUUAACGACAGCACCCUCUGGGUCUCACUCGGCGUCGCCCUGUACGUCGUCCUCAACACGGCGCUCGCGCUCCACGUCGCGCUCGUCGAGAAGAACACCAUCUUCGAGGGCAAGCGCCGUACCCUCGCCUCGCGCAUCUCGACCGAGCGCCUGAGCGUCUCGUCGCUCGCGGCCGCCUCGCCCCGCACCUUUACCGCCUCGUCCUGGGUCCCCUUCCCUCUCUCCCUCCUCGCGGCGUCGCCCUCCCUCUCGCUCUCCUCGCCCACCUCCUCCUCCCCCUCCUCGGCGCCCUCCCCCGCGUCCUACCCGCUCUACGCCCUCACCCUCUCGUACUCGCACUCGUCGAGCGCAGGCAAGGCGCUCCUGCACCGCGCGUCGCACCAGCUCGUGAGCCCGUGCGCGGCCUUCUUUGACGGCGAGGGAAGGCUCGCGAGCGGACGGGUCGACGAGUGGGUCGAGCGCGCGCUCGAAGAGGUGCAGGGCGACAAGGGCGCG